AUGCUUUCCCGACGCAUUUUCACGCCGCAGGGCCAAGUGGCCAAGCCCUUCCAUCUCGUCCCUGAUGGCCUUGGCGCACUCCCAACAUUGACACAGCUACGUGUGGACCCGAGCUUUAGCGACACUCCCACUUCUCCCUCAAUCCUCGCCGCCACUUGCAGGAUCUCAAUCAUGGGCAGAAUCAACGACAUUUGGCACUCUUAUUCCGCUGCUGAGAAGCGCAAUAUUGCCUUCUACAUCGCUGGUAUCAUGAUGUACAAGCUCGGUUUGGAGUUCUUCAAUGGCUCCAUUACAACGCUAGCCACCGAUCGCUUCAAUGCUGCGAACACGUUCACAAAGCUUGGUGCCGCUCAGGGCGUGAAUCAAGCUGCACAGUGCGUUGGUGCCAUCCUCAUCGCCCCUCUCAUCAAGAAGUGGCCCACUCGCUCCGUCCUAUCGGGAGCCAUCUUCAUGUUCGCCCUCAUGACGGUCAUCCUCCUGAUCGUCGAUGCUGCCACCGGUGGACGGAUGAAGCCUGUCGGCGCAAGGACCCCAGACUACGGCGACUGGAAUCCUAAUCUUAUUUUCGUCGUUUGGACAUUGGCCGGUAUUUCUUAUGGUAUGGUGGAGCUUAUCCGUCGUGUCAUCCCUGCGGAUAUCGUUGGCGGUAACGUUGGCAAGCUUCGUCGCAUGGACGCCACCGUCCACAUCUUCUACGAAGUCGCUGGAACCUCCGGCGCUUUCGCUUCUUCCUCCGCUAUCAGCCGAUUCGGCAACAACUACAGCUUCUUCUUGACGCCGAUCUUCUUCGUCGCCGCCGGCGGUCUGUGGCUCGUUAUCAGCACUUUGAGUUUCAAGAGCGCCGAGGAAAUUCAGGCUGAGCUCGAGCAAGCCGGGCUCGCAGAGGUCGAUGGAAAGAGGAGGGCCUCUAACAACUACUUUGUUCAGAUCGGUUGGGGCGCUGUCGGCUUCGCUGAGUCGGUCUAUGUCGGCGCUAAGCUCGUCUUCAUGAACAGGCGCUUCAUCUGGCUCUUCCCAUCCUAUGCUGUCGCUCUCUACAUGCACAGAUUCCUCGAGAGCUCCCUCGGAGCUGCUUUUGCCAAACGUGUCCUCGGCGUCUCCGCUUGGAGUCAGAUCAUUGUUGGUGGUUCCAACUUUGGCGAGCUGCUCGGCGCACUCGCUGUCUUGGUCCUCUCCGACGUUGUGACCACUCCCCUUCCCUGGUUACGCUUGGACGCCCUAGCUCUCAACAUCGUCUGGGUCCUUCCUGCCUUCGCUCGCGUAGCCACCCACAACGUUUCCUGGGCAUGGAAGGUCGCUGGGUGCUUCAUCCCUGUCUCCUUUGGUUGGGCUGCUGGUGAUGUUUCUCUCGCUGCCUACAUCCAAUCUGCUCUUUCGGACUCCCAAUUCACCCACAUGAACGUUUCCGCCCUUGGCGCUGUCAUGGCCUUCCUGUACUCGACGUACAUCGUCCUCAACGCCGUCUUCUCUUCCGUCCUUGGCAGGGUUAUCGAUCACGACUUCCGCGAUAAUGGUAACAUCAUCCGCUCGCUGAGGACCGUCGGAGGUGUUCACUUCUCCGUUGCCUCUGCCGUCAUCUUCGCCUCUACAUUCAUCCCUCGGGGUGCCUUCGCCUUCAACCCCAAAGCCAUCGGCAACGUCGGCCUCCACGCGCCAUCGCACGCGCACGGUGCCUCCUCAGAGGAGCAAGACUCUGAGGAUGAGAAGGACCUCAAGAAGGUUCAACAACCCACCUCGGAGCUUACCGAGCUGGAGAAGGGUCGGUCAUAA